GUUAAUGCAGACGGUUGAUGUGCAGGAUGUCGGGGUGAGCAAGCUGCAGAUGUUGUUCCUGCAGAGGUGGGGGCUGAGGUCGUCUAGGACGGGUCAGGGCGGAGGAGCUGCAGGCAGGAAGUUGUACCUCAAGACCAGAGAAGCUCUGACGCCCGCCAAGGGUCGGCGGAGAAGAGGGCGUGGCAAAUUGUGGGACUUCAGUGAGGGUAGAGACCUGCCGCUGCAGGGUGGAGCAAGGAGUACAACACAACAGUUUAACCUGAACAGUGUUCCUGUUGGCAGGCCGGAAGCCAAACCACCAUCAUUAGCUUCCUUGUCUUCCCCUCACAUGCGAUUCUACACCGUUCAAACCUCCUCUCCCUUCACCUCCUCCUUCCAGCCGUCACCUGCAACCUCCUACGUGUCUUCAGCAGCAUCCCUCCUCCACAGCACCCCUCUUCCUCCUCCACCCCCCCCUCCUGCUCCUCCACCUCAUGAGGAGCAGCCUGAACACAUUGAUCGUCUGCUGGAGGAAGUGAUGAUGGGCCUUGACAUUUUACCAAACAACAACAACAAUGGUGCUCCUCUUCCAGCCAGCAGCAGCACUGGUGCCUAUGCCUCCUGCAGCACUUUGACCCAAAAUAAACAACAAGGCAGCACCACCGGUCCAGGUUCUGAUGGGUCGACCCAGGUUGUUUCUGUAGCAAGAGGAGGGGGCAGCCUCGCCCCUGCUAACAGUGAGGUUCCCGUCCUGCAGCAGCAGGGGGAGGGAGAGCUGAAUGAGAUGCUGAACCAGUUCCUCCAGUCGUUUGAGCGGCACAUUGAGAACUGUACCGACCGGGAUGAGGGGACCGCCAAAACCCCCCACACUCCUCAUCUACAGAAUACACACACGCAGAGUGAUGAAGCUCAAACCCCACAGAGACGAACAUACAAGACUGUCAGUGCUGCUCCCCCCAAACCUGCAGAGAAAGUCAAAGCACCAGCCAGACGGCGGAGAAGAAAGAAUGAGUAUCUGUUCUCCCUGGAGAGAAAGAAAAAGAGGGUGAGGGUGAGGAAGCCGGUGUCAUCGAGUGACGCGAAGACCAAAAUUGUUGAUGACGGAGUGGACAAGCAGCUAAAGCAGAUUCCUGUGGUGAAACUGGAGAGGAGAGGCCUGCUGCCAGCCAGAGUCGCACUGCAGGAGUGCAGCUGUCUGGAAGUCAAGAAACCCUCAAAAGCAACAUCCACUUCAUCAUCAGUGACACGUGAAUGCUCCUCUGAAAAGCCUCAGACAGUCUCAUGGAUAACAAAGACGUACCCAAUCAGGAGCAGGUUUAGACAAGCACAAAUCAUGGACAGUAUGCCCUUUCUUGAGGAGCCACUCCUACACAAGGGGCCACCCAAAGCAAACCUACUAAGCCGCAGGACCAAGAAAAACGCAAAGCUUCUCAGUUUAUCUAAUGAUUUAGUGAGUUCAACACCAGCAAUUCAGCCGCAGCCUGUGGAGCCCUGCGACACGGACGAACAACUAGAGAGAAAUCAAGAGAGACAUGAAGACCUGACUGUUCAGCCACAGGAAGAGACAGAGGGACCUACAAGGAGGGGAGAGAAGAGGAGAGCAGAGUCAGAGGAGGAGACAAGUGAUGACGCCACUGUGGCCAAGAGGGUUUGUUUUGAGCAAACGGCACAGCCGACCUCUGAAACACUGGGCUCCGAAUCUGCACCAGCAACCAGAAACUUAAAAGACAUCUCCAGUGGAGGACAUUAUUUACAAAGAGAACGAGAGGAAGAACCAGCGUGGAGAGGUUUCAAACUCAGAGAGACUGAGGAAAGUUUGAUGGAUGAACACCCGGAGAGCUGCGAUGAGGAGAUGAUUGACGUGGGCGGCCCGACUCCUCCACUCUGCUCUGUUUCACCUUCUUCACAUUCUGUAAACGAUGUCAUUCUGGGGUCGACGGGAAGCUGUGAAGAGGACAAAGACGAGGACAUAGACGUGAUUGGCAGCUCCAGUCCUGCUCCCGAUCCAGUGAUCAUUAACUGGACACAGUCUUCAGAAGGAGAGGAAGAGGAAGAAGACGAGGACAUCGAUGUCAUCGGAGAAAAGACAGACAACGUUUCAUUGUUGGUCUUUGCUGCUGUGAGUAGAGGUGAGCUUGUUGACAGAAAAUAUCAGACCCAGAUGUUCCAACGUUAGCAUCUGUGAGGUCCAGCCCAGUUUUCGUUUCUACUCGUCUUCAGUUAGUUUUAUUUCAGAACGCAUCCCUGAAUUAGUUUCAUUUAGCCGUGAGUUAAAGGGCGGUUGCAGGAAGUCAAGAUAGAUGUGGUCUCAACUGUUUUUAUUGUGUUCACUUCAUUGAUGAAUUUAUGUUCUCCUAUUCCAUUUAGUUCAGGAUGGAGGAGUUGUGAGCUAUUUCUUUGGACUGAAAGAGACAAAACAAAAGUUGUGCAUCAUAACGCAUUAAGACACUUUCAGCAGCACGACUGUGUAGUUUAUAUGCAGCUAUUGAGUUUCAGCUCUGGAGUUGAGCAUACAGAUCUUUUUUAAACUGUCAAAGGUGACUGAUUUUGUUUAGUUUUUUUACUUGGAAGCUAUGUAGCUAAUGUUUUUAUGUAGAAAUGACAGGGUUGUUACUGCUUAGUUCAGUAAUUUGUGAUUGUUCAGCAGAAAUAUUCAACAAAGUUUGUUUUAACUGUCAGGUGAGUUAACACUAACCAAACAACUGACCAAAAAAAAGAAAAAAAUCAGGUUAAUGUACCGUCAAAGGAAUUAGGAGUUUUAUUAGUUGUUACUCUGACUAUGACCGUUUUAGUUGUAAAUAUAAUUAAUAAUGUCGGCCUCAGUUCUGCCGCAGUUUGUAAAUGUUCCAGGAAAACUUGUGUCUUCCUUGUUUUACUCAGGUUAUGUUCGAUCGUGUUCCUCAUGGCACUUCUGAGUCUCAAACUCUGAUUUCUACAAUAAAGAUUCCUCUGUAGUUCC